UCCAUCGCCAUUCAAGCUCUAAACCUCACUUUUCGCAUUUGGAUCAACAACAACAGUGAGAGAAAAUGGAGUUCGAGAAAAUGGAGAUUGAUGUUCCCAACCGCGGCGAAACAUACGAUCUCCCCUCUCUCUUCUCUUCCUCAGGGACCGACUUCCUCAUUCGCAAUAAUGGUGAUAAGGUCGGAAUCGAGAGUUCGAUUGAUAAAAAAGUCGGGUUAUAUUUCUCAGCAUCAUGGUGUGGCCCGUGUCGCCAAUUCACCCCAACUCUGGUGGAAGUCUACAAUGAUUUAUCCCCAAAUGGAAAUUUUGAGAUUGUAUUUGUUUCAGCAGAUGAAGAUGAAGAGUCAUUCAAGGCAUAUUUCUCCAAGAUGCCGUGGCUUGCUAUCCCAUUUUCUGAUUCAGACACUCGUGAUCGCUUGGAUGAAUUGUUUAAGGUGAUGGGGAUUCCUCAUCUUGUGAUUCUUGAUGAAGGUGGGAUGGUUGCAACUGAGGAGGGUGUUCAGAUCAUCCGUGAGUAUGGAGUUGAUGCAUAUCCUUUUACCUCAGACAGGGUUGAAGAAAUUAAGGAACAAGAACAAGUAGCUAGGAGGGAACAAUCCUUGAAAUCUAUCUUAGCGGCACGCUCUCGUGACUUUGUGUUCUCAGCUGAUGGGAGGAAGGUACCUAUAUCUGAACUUGAAGGCAAGACUGUUGGCCUGUAUUUCUCGUUGUCAUCAUACAAGAAAUGCCAAGAUUUUACUCCAAAACUCAUUGAAGUUUAUGAGAAGUUGAAGAGGAAGGGAGAGAACUUUGAGGUUGUGAUGAUACCCCUCGACGAAGACGAGGAAUCCUUCGAGCAAACCAUCAGAAGAAUGCCAUGGCUCUCACUUCCCUUCAAAGACAAGACCUGUAAGAAGCUGGCUCGGUUCUACGAGCUUUCAACUCUACCAGCAUUGAUUAUUAUAGGCCCAGAUGGGAAGACUCUUCAUUGUGAUGUUGUUGAGACCAUUGAAGAACAUGGCACUCUGGCAUACCCUUUUACACCAGAAAAGUUUGCUGAGCUUGAGGAGAUAGAGAAGAAAAAAAGGGAAACACAAACAUUGGAGUCGAUUUUGGUUUCAGGAGAUCUCAAUUUUGUCAUUGGAAAAGAUGGACUCAAGGUUCCAGUUUCCAAUCUUGUUGGGAAAAACAUCCUUCUGUACUUCUCAGCACAUUGGUGUUUUCCAUGCCGAGCUUUUCUGCCAAAGCUUGUCGAAGCAUAUCACCAAAUCAUGGCGAAGGAUGACGCAUUUGAAGUAAUUUUCAUCUCCAGUGACAGGGAUCAACCCUCCUUUGAAGAAUUUUUCUCAAAGAUGCCAUGGCUUGCACUCCCCUUUGGAGAUGAGAGGCAGGCAUCUUUGGCACGCACUUUUAGGGUCCAUGGAAUUCCUAUGCUAGUCGCCCUUGGGCCAACUGGCAAAACCAUCACAACAGAAGCCAGAGAACUUGUUACGUACCAUGGAGCAGAUGCAUAUCCCUUCACCGAGGAGCGGUUGAAGGAGAUUGAGGCGGAGAUUGAAGAGAUGGCAAAGGGGUGGCCCGAGAAGGUGAAGCAUGCGCUACACGAGCAUGAGCUUGUGCUAACUAGGCGCGAGGAGUAUGUAUGUGACUGGUGUGAUGAAGCUGGGAAGGUUUUGGCAUUCAAUUGUGAUGAGUGUGAAUUUGAUAUGCACCCAAAGUGUGCCCUUGAGGAAGACAAGGAAAGUAAAGAGGAUGUGAAGGUGGGGAAAAAACCCAAAGAAGGAUGGCUUUGUGAUGGAGAUGUCUGCUACAAAGUUUAAGAUGCUUUGUUUUCAAAGGAAAAAAAAAAACUAUGUUACUUUCUUUAAUCAGUGUGUUUUUUAUGUAUAAUGAAUGUUGGUAUGCUAUCCAGUUUAAGCUUUUCUUGCCAUUGA